GCUCAUCAAGUUCCCAACAGGAGAGUAGCUGCUGAAAUACCUACUCCUGAGUUUGUUGUUGUGGAUACAUAUGAACGGGACUAUUCUUGUACUUUCAGUCAACCAACUUCAUACUUGCGGGCUAGGGGAGCUCGAGCUGAGCUUGGAGAGUUUGUUGAGUAUGACUUGGACAACGAAGAUGAGGAUUGGCUUUCAGAGUUUAACAAAGACCAACAGAUUUUGAUACCGGAAAUGUUUGAGUGUCUUCUAUUCAAGUUGGAGGUAUUGGAUCAUAAAGCCCGGGAAAGAGCUGGUGUUAUAACACCUCUUGGAUCACCAAUUUCUGUGCAUUUAAGAUGGGAUGCUGCUAUAGAGGCACUACAAACCCAGCCAAUCAAAUAUGCAGUUAUACAUUCUGUUUAUGAUUACUGGAAAGAGAAGCGUGAAAGGUGGCAAAAGCCAAUUUUGAGACGUUUGCAGCCGCCUCCACCUGUUAAUGAUACCAACCCCUAUAAUGUCUUUCGACCUAGGGAGAAGGCCCACAGGCUUCACACAAGAAGGAUGCAGAGGAGAGAAAACAAUGUACAGUCUUUUGAAAAGCUUCGUCAGGUGAGGCAUAACCUUGACCAAGCUAAGAGAUUGUUGGAGGCUUUGAUCAAGAGGGAAGAGAAAAAAAGAGAAGUAAUGGAGAGUGAAGUUACACUUCAGAGGAUGCAAAUGAAGUAUAAGCAUGAAACUGAAUUGUUGGAAGAUAGCUUGGCAUUCCCUGGAUAUUUGCCAUUUUCUUCCAAGUUCGUUUCAAGUGAGGAGGAAUUUUUUGAUUCUGAUGAUGUCAUGAGGCCUGCUGCUGUGCCAAGUCUUCCUUCCUAUGAUACCAACCUGCCCGUGGUCCCUGCAGUUAGCACGAGGCAAGAGUUGAAGAGGCGAUAUGUUCUCCCUGGAUGGCCUCAUAAAUUGGAUCCUCUUGAGCCUGUUCUACUGUUCACAAAACCUUUAAUUCCAGAAAAGCUGGCUAUGGCGGGCAUUAUACCACCAUCAGAUUCUUCCACUAAAAAUGGCGAGUCGUCACCGCAAUAUAAAUUCCGUGGAAGAAUUGGUAGGGGAGGCCGUAUAAUAUUUGAUCGAUGGAAUCCACUCAUGCAAACGCCAAUUGACUGCGGUAACUCAUACUAUAUGCCACCAAAACCACGACCUUCAUGUAAUUAAUCUGGUUUGUUUGCUGCAGCUGUAAUUUUUUUUGUCCACUCCUGCAGAUAUAAUGAAAUCCCUGCUGGAAAGGGAUUGAGUUUAUCAUUAGGAUGGUAUAGGGUAGCUAGGAAAAUUGCAGAUGAAAAACUUAAUUAGGCCUAGAGAUUAAAAGAAUCAUCGUUUGCUGAGGGCAGGAAGUUAGAUGUAUUAUGUAAUUUUGUAUGUUCAAAUGUAUUCCUCUGCCAUUCUUUCUCGUACGGUGGUUUCCAAGUGUCAAUAUGUUUUUCUUAGUCAAACAAUUUGCUGAAGGUCUAAAUGAUACCACUGCAGGUAAUUCAACGGUUCAA